CAUUUAUUGUUUUGUUUGUUUGUAAUAUCAUAAAAACAUUAGAUUUUACAUUUUAUAAUUUGCAUAAUUCUAAUUAAGUAAAAUAACAUAAAAUAUUCAAUUCGAAAUUAUUUUCAAAUGCAGGCAUAUGGAAUAUGUACAAGGUUACAUCAUUAUAAAAUAAUCCCAAGUUGUGCACAGAUAAGGAAAUCACUGUUUGUUGGACUAAAAUGUUCAAAAAUGAUGUAUAGAAGGUUCUCGACUCAACAAGUAACGUUUGCGAAGAGCCUGACGUACGAAAACAUGAAUACCGGAAUAAAAAUGAUGGAAUACGCAGUCAGAGGACCAGUGCCUAUAAGAGCAACCGAGAUAACAAACGAACUACAACAGGGAGCAAAGAAACCUUUUACUGAAGUUCUUAAGGCAAAUAUAGGAGAUAGUCAUGCCUUAGGCCAGACUCCUAUAACGUUUAUCAGGCAGGUACUGGCGUUAGUUCUUCUGCCAGAACUUCAAAAUGACUCCAAAUUCCCGGAUGAUGUCAAAAAACGGGCCAAAGAAAUUCUUGCUUGUUGCAGAGGUGGCAGUAUCGGAGCCUACUCGGACACUUGUGGUAUCAACAUAGUUCGGAGACGUAUUGCAGAGUACAUAGAACAGAGAGAUGGAGUACCUAGUAAUUGCGAUAACAUCCUGCUUGGCAGUGGUGCUUCAGAAAUAAUAAAGAGCAUUCUUAGUUUGUUGAAUGGACCUGUGGAGGGAAAAAGACCUGGGGUGAUGAUUCCUAUUCCACAGUAUCCGCUGUAUGCGGCUCGCAUAGUUGAGUUCGGCAUGGAACAGAUAGGCUACUAUUUGAAGGAAGAGAACAAUUGGUCUUUGGAGACAGAAGAGUUGGAGAGAGCCUACCGUGAGGCUGCCAAGAUCUGCAGACCUCGAGCCAUUGUUGUAAUUAAUCCCGGGAAUCCCACAGGCCAGGUCUUGACGCUUAAAAAUGUUCAAAGCAUCAUCAAGUUUGCGCACAAAUACAAUCUGUUCAUCUUUGCUGAUGAGGUUUAUCAGGACAAUAUCUAUGCCGAGGGAAGCAAGUUCCACUCAUUUAAGAGAGUGAUGACACAGAUGGGCUCCCCAUUUGACAAGAUAGAACUUGCCUCUUUCAUGUCUUGUUCUAAAGGAUACAUAGGAGAGUGUGGACUGCGAGGCGGCUACUCAGAGCUUGUCAACGUUGAUUCCAAAGUGAUGGGAAUAUUGGUAAAGUCUCUUGCAACAAGAAGGUGCCCCGGUACUAUCGGCCAAACAACAAUGUUCUGCUUGGUAAACCCUCCCAAGCCAGGAGAUCCCUCAUACGAGAAGUUCAAGACAGAGAAGGAAGGAGUUCUCAAAUCUCUGGCAGAAAGAGCCAAGUUGGUGGCAGACACAUUCAACAGUAUCCCUGGCAUGAGUUGUAAUGCAGUGCAAGGCGCCAUGUAUGCUUUUCCUCAGCUGAAGCUACCUGAAAAGGCUAUAGCGAAGGCUAAAGCAUUGAACCAGUGCCCGUCGACAUUCUACGUUUUUCAGUUACUGGAGAACACUGGAAUCUGUGUAGUUCCAGGAGUUGGUUUUGGCCAACAGCCUGGGACUUACCACUUCAGGACCACAAUACUGCCCCAGUCUGAGAAGCUGAAAAACAUGAUGGCAAAGAUAAAAGAAUUCCAUUUGAAAUUUUUGGAGGAAUACAAAUGACACAAACGGUUACUUGAUAAAAGAGGAAGAAUUUGCCAUUAUUUAUAUAUAAAAUAUAAAGUAUAUAUUAUCUGAAAAGGUUGUUUUAACAAAAUACAGAUUUUAUUAGCUGAA